CUGAAACGGGGGAAAGCACAGAGCAGACAAACACAGAGUGGGAGCCUCAUGAUUAUGCUCAUUUUGUUUCCGAAAUGGAGAUGAACGUAUUCGCCAGUCUAAAUUUUGGGCGCUUUCAAGUAGGCAGCUUUUUCAAACAUGCGGCUAAAGCUGUGCAGGAUAUGCACAACCUGGGAUGGACGCACGGUGUAUGGCAAGGAACCUGUGGCAUCCGCCGGAGGAUUAAGUCAGUAGUCUCAAAGUGUGGCUUUUGGAUCUCAGUAUCCACAGCCACUGACACCGUAGUUCUUGUAGGUGUAACUUACUAGUUUGGCAUAUGGUUUUUGCAAUUUGAAUUUGUAGGGCCGCCCCCCUUCUCCUUCCCUCUAUUCCCUCUCUCACGUUGCGACAUCAACCCCGAAAACUUCCUUUUUGCUGAUGCAGCUGCUUCCAGCAAUCAGCACUUGCUCGUGCUCGCAGAUUUUGGUAACGCGCUGCCUGUUGGCCAGCGGCGAGGACGACAGAAUGCUGGAACUAUCGCUUAUUUGGACCCAGGGCUGAUAGAAACGGAGGACGCCUCCGUCGAUGCAGUCGCCGCAGAUUGCUGGUCACUUGGAGCGACGUUCUACACGGUUGCAGUACAUUGCUGGGACAGAGAAGACGGUCGUGCAAGAAGCCCUCAUUCCAAGACUAAAAGGCUGCUCCGCAGAGCUAAAAACUGGCCCCGAGUCAUGAAGUAUGCCC